CAUCCGGGACUCUACCACUCUCCAACAUGGCGGCGUCAGCUAAGAAGAAUAAGAAGAAGGGAAAGACCCUGACCCUGAAUGACUUCCUUGCGAAUGAUAGCAGUGGCAACGCACCGCCUAGUUACCCCGCUGCAAAGACCUCCAGCUGGGCAGAUGAAACUGAUGACUUGGAUGGAGAUGUUUCGACCUCCUGGCAUACCGUGGAGGAUGUGUAUCGAGCUCCUCCGAUUGACCGCUCCAUCCUGCCAACUGCGCCCCGUGCAGCGCGGGAGCCAAACAUUGACCGCUCUCGGUUACCACGCGGCCCACCCUACACAGCCUUCCUUGGUAACCUACCAUACGAUGUCAGCGAGGAAUCUAUCAAAGACUUCUUUAGGGGACUUGCGAUCAGUUCUGUGCGUUUGCCAAGGGAGCCUAGUAACCCAGAGAGGCUCAAGGGCUUUGGUUAUGCUGAAUUUGAAGAUGUAGAAUCAUUCUUGCGUGCGCUUACUCUAAAUGAAGAGAAUCUCGGGAACAGGCGCAUUCGGGUGGAUAUUGCAGACCAAUCCAAUGACAAAGAAAGAGAUAAUGGGCCAGGGCGGGACAGGGAUCGGGAUCGUGGUCGAAUGAUGGACAGUGGCCCCGAUAAGACUGAUUCUGAUUGGAGGGCGCGGCCGAGUGUGGAACAGGAUGAUGGCCCACGCAGAGAUGAGGGUUAUGGGGACAGGUCACGUGAUCGCUAUGAGUCAGAUCGAUUCAGAGAUGCUCCAAGGCGUGAUGAUCGGUAUGAUAGUGGUCGAGAUCGAUACAGUGGUAGAGAUCGCUACGAUGACCGGGACCGCAGAGAUCGCUAUGACGACAGAGGUAGCAGAGACUACGAUCGUGGAGGUUAUGACUCACGUGGUGGAGUACGACGAGGAUUCGGUAGCGGCUUCAGACGUGACUUUGAUGACCGAAAAGAUGGAGAUCGCUAUGGGGACCGAGAAGAACGUCUAGACAGGAGGGAUGAUGGACGAGAAGAGAGAGGCCCUCCUCAGAGACCCAAGCUAAACUUGAAGCCACGGAGCAUCCCAAAAGAGGAGGAACAGAGUGGAAGUGUGUCUCCCCAGAGCAGCACGGCAAAUCCUAGCAGGGCUUCCUCUAUAUUUGGGGCAGCCAAACCUGUGGACACGGCCGCCAAGGAGCGAGAGGUGGAGGAGAGGCUGAAGAAAGAACAAGAACGACUGCAGAGACAGUUGGAGGAGGACAAGAACAGGGCCUCAGAGAGACGGCCACGUGACCGUGACUCGAGUUGGAGGAGUGAGGAGCCAUCUAGGGAGCGUGAACGCACAGGAAGUGAAUCCUCAAAUCCUAAAGGAUCUAGAUGUAGAGAUGGUGAACAUUCAGAGAAUGAAGUCUUCAGUGGCCAGGAGGAUGAGCCAGUCUCUCCCGCAUCUCCAUCACCAUCUUCCAAACAGGGAGGGCUCCCACUAAAAGUGAUGCCAGCACCUCCCCCUAAAGAAAAUGCCUGGGCCAAACGCAGUUCAGGGGGUGGCAGUAAUGAGAGGAAUGUGCCACCGUCAGUGUCCACUAGCAGCAAAAGUGCCCCUGUUCACAGCAGAUCAACAGAGGAGAGAGUCUCAGGCAAAGUUGAUGAAAACCGGGUUGAUGGGGCUCGAAGGGAUAAAGGUGUACUUCAGGGAAGAGGAGGAAUAAUAGCUGGGAGAGGAGGGGGGUGGGGUAGAGGAGUUGAGGUCCCCAACAAAGACAAACAAAGAGAACCUGCAGACAGGAAAGAGGGCAGACAGGAGAGAGAGCCCAGGAUAGGCCAAGAACAAAAAAAAUAUGAGGAGUCUGCUCCUCAAUUUAGUUCAGCCAGUAAGUAUUCAGCCCUACUGGUGGAUGGAGACCAGGGAGAAGAUGAAGAUGGAGAGGAAUGAACAAAAAUAACCAGUUAACUCAAGAAAAAACACAUAUGAGCAAUGGAAUGAUGAAAUGAAGGCUUAAAUUGGAUAUAGUGAAUAUGCCCUUUCAUAUUGAGGGAAUGGCAAAGUGUAAGGUUAUCACGGUAAGGGUACCCACAAUGCUGUUCUGUAUCAUGUUUAUGGUGAUUUAUAAAGGUAUUCCCAAAACAAGCCCAUUUUAAUUAAAUAUAAUCAGUGCAGUGAGUAGAUACAUUCAUAUAUCUAGAAAUUUGAAAAUCAUUGUUAAUUUGAAAGUCAUUGUUAUAAAUAAAAAGUAUGUAAGAUACUGUA